GCCCCCUGUUGCCAAAGAGAAAUAUGUCAUUCUGUCUUUUGGCAGCGAAAGGGGCAGAGGGGAGAGGCAGCAGGAGGUUGGCUAUGAAGUUGCUUCCUGCUCUUCCAGUACUUUGGCUCACUCUCCUCAUUUUGAGGGUCUCACAAAGUGAGGCUGAAAUCAGUUACACAGAUGCCUGUCAAGAAAUGAUGCCUGAAGACCUAGUCCAUGUGCAGAAUUCUAUUGGCAUGGAGGAUUAUAAGGAAAUAGAUAAACUAGAAGGAACCUCGUUCUGCUUCCUGGACCUUACUUAUAUACUAAACUGCUCCUGGUCAUUCUACACUUCUGAUGAAAAUGCACAGCUUUCUGUUCAAAUCAGUGUUUGUGAUGAAAACAAAGUAAUAACUUCUCAAAGCCAAGCUUCUGUGAAAAGAGAUGGAUCUUGGACGUUUCCUGAUCAACAGAUUCAGUCUGUGAUCCUCCAGUUUAACAUGUCCGGGCCAGACAAGUGGGAAACGUACACCUACGCAUACGACCAUAAAAUACUAAGGCACGUGCCUCCACCAGCGAACAUCUCUGCAUCAAUCAUAGAUGGAAACCUUCAUGUAAAAUGGGAUCUGGCUUGCAAAGACUCAAGCAAUAACUCUGAAUGUUUUGAAUAUGAGCUGGACAUGGGGCAGCAGAAUCCCAGACACUUGACGGGUGUGCUGUCUCAUACUGAGCCGAAUGUAGAUUCCUCCCUUACCUACAGGGUGAAAAUGCGGACAAGAUUUCAAUAUGAUAGCUGCCGUGGACCUAGACAUUGGAGCGACUGGAGUCACACUGUUACGGUGGAACAGUCACUUUACAGUUUUGACCCUCUGGUGAUCGUCUGUAUUUCACUUGGAAUACCCAUGAUGCUCCUGGCUGUGCUUCUGCUGGUGCGCCAUCAGAGGGUGAAUAAAGUUUUGUUCCCACCGAUUCCUCACCCCCCACCAAAAUACAAAAAUUUCCUGGAAAGAAAUGAUCAAAUGAAUUUCUUCUAUCCUGCACCACCAGCUAAGAUGGAGGAGGAGAUCACAGAGGUGGAGGACACAGAGCCAAACCCUGAAAAAAUAUACUAACAGCAACACAGGAUUGAUACCAUGACAGUGGAUGCACUGCCUGUAAUUUUUAUAUCAUGCUUCCAUUUAGAAAGCAGUGCAUUUUGCUAAAUGCAUGCAGAGCUGCAAAUGUUUAUUAUAUCAUAUUUUAUUCCGCCUUAUAUAAUGAGUACCAGUGUACUGCGUCUUGCUGAGUGUUGAACAAGCAGUCUCGCAGCUUCUGUCACACUUUGACCUAAAAAAAACUGUCCACAUGGGGCUACGAAGUAUAUUUGAUUUAUAUUUGUUGGAAAAGUAAGUGAAAAGUUGUGUGCAACUUCUUGUUAAAUAAUGUCAUUAUCUUGCAGUCUAGGUCAUGAUGCAUUUUAACCUAUUUCAUGCUCUCAUUGUUUCUAACGCAUAAAAAGUGACUUUCAGAUUUCAUUGAUCCUAAAAUGUUUCUACAAAAGCUUCUACAAAACAUGUAUAUACUUUAAUGUGCAAUAAAGUGAGAUGUUAAAUUGA